UAAAGAUUUGAUUUGAAGCAAAAAAAUACUAAAAUGAAAGUGAAUUUGUUAUAAGAUUGCGAUCUGUAAAUUGUUUCAAGUAUUACAGGAAAUUAAGUAAUAUUCAAUUUUAUUCGCGUUUUGAAGUGAAUUGAGAUUUCUUUAAAUAAGGAAUGAAACUUACAGAUCUGUAAAUUCAAUAGUAUAAAUUACAAAAAUGUCUUUUCUGAGAGGAUCAGAAAACUAUGUGUGGUGUACUACCAGUGUCUUGGGUAAAGGUGCUACAGGGGCAGUUUUCCAAGGGGUAAACAAGAACAAUGGGGAGCCAGUAGCUGUGAAAACGUUCAACCAACUGAGUCAUAUGCGACCGCACGACGUGCAGAUGCGUGAAUUCGAGGUAUUAAAGAAGGUGAAGCAUGAGAACAUCGUCAAGUUGCUAGCGAUCGAAGAGGAACAGGAAGGUAGAGGGAAAGUGAUCGUCAUGGAGCUCUGCACAGGCGGCAGUCUAUUCAACAUACUCGAUGAUCCCGAGAACACGUACGGGCUUCAGGAACACGAGUUUUUCCUCGUCGUGGAACAUCUCACUGCUGGCAUGAAGCAUUUGCGCGAUAACAAUCUGGUGCACAGAGAUCUGAAGCCUGGUAACAUUAUGAAGUUUAUAAAUGAAGAUGGGACUACAACAUAUAAGUUGACUGACUUUGGAGCUGCUAGAGAGUUACAGGAAGAAGAGCAGUUUGUAUCGCUUUAUGGAACUGAGGAGUACCUCCAUCCAGAUAUGUAUGAGAGAGCAGUAUUAAGAAAGCCUGUGGGGAAGAGCUUCGGUGCCACAGUAGACUUGUGGUCUAUUGGAGUCACACUGUACCAUGUGGCGACAGGGCAGCUACCUUUUAGGCCCUACGGUGGCAGAAGGAAUAAGGAAACUAUGUUCUAUAUCACUACUAAGAAGGCUUCUGGAGUUAUUUCAGGAACACAGACGACUGAAAAUGGCCCCAUAGAAUGGGCGAGAGAACUUCCCUCACACUGCCAGCUGAGCAUAGGCCUCCGCAAGAUAGUCACACCCUUACUAGCAGGUCUGCUUGAAGUAGAUCCACACAGGAUAUGGACUUUUGAGAGGUUCUUUUCUGAGGUACAGACUGUGACCUCCACAACACAAGUUCAUAUCUUUCACGUCAAUAAGGCUGCUAGUAUAAAGGUUUUCCUGAAGCCCGAGGAGAAGUACGAGCACCUGCAGACCUACAUUUGCGAGCAGACCAGCGUGGUGGCCGAGUCGCAGAUCCUGCUGGUCCGCGACACCUUGCUGCUCAGUGAGAUCGAUGACAACACGCUAGGCAAGAACUACCCGGAGACGUCGGCGGAGGUGCCGCUCAUGCUGUUCAACAAGAACAACAACAACGUGAACUUGGGCCCCGAGCCCGAGAUCCCCAAGUUCCCCGUGUUCCCCAACAUCGUGUCCGUGGAGAACGACGCGUCGCAGGCCAAGGCGGCGUGCAGCGUGGGCCACGUGCUGCGGCGGCGCGUGGAGGCGCUGUGCGCGGCGUCCGUGCUGUGCGGCGCGUGCGUGGCGCGCUGGGGCUCGCUGCUGGGCGCGCGCCUCGGCGCCACGGCCGCGCGCGCGCUGGCGCUGGCCGCGCACGCCGCGCGCCUGCACGACGCGGCGCGCGCGCUCGACCUGGCCUGCACGGCGGCGCGCGCGGGGCGGGCGGGCGCGGGCGCGGGCGCGGGCGCGGGCGCGUGGGCGGCGGGCGCGGCGCUGGUGGCGGCGGAGGCGGAGGCGCUGCGCGGCGCGGCGGCGGCGCUGCGCGCGCGGCACUCGGCGGGCGGGCUGCGCGCGGACUGGGACGCGCCGUGCCCGGCCGAGCUGCGCCUGCACGUGCGCUGCCGCGCGCUGGUGGAGCGCCUGCGCGAGUCGUGGCAGCACCUGGUGCGCGACCGCGCCACGCGCUCGCUCACCUACAACGACGAGCAGUUCCACGUGCUGGAGCGCAUCACCGUGGCCGAGACGGGCCGCCGCGCGCGCGCGCUGCUGCAGCGGGCCGCGCCGCUGGCCCGCGCGCGCGCCGACGCCAUCGCCGACUGGUACAAGGUGGCGCAGACGGUGUACCUGCAGACGCAGAUCCUGGACAAGGACGUGUCCGGCGCGGAGCUCAAGGUGCUGGCGCUGGCGGCGCGCCUGCAGGACGCGGAGCAGCGCACGCGCGCGCUGGUGCACGAGGCGCAGUUGAGCGCACAGCGCGCGGAGCCGGCGGAGAGAGAGAAGGAGAGUCAGCAGAACUGCGGCAACGGCAGGACUCGGAAUAUGUCCAACGUGUCCGGCAACUCGGGCGUCUCGGCGAGCGGAGCCGGGCUGCGUGCAUUACUGGCCGAGCACGACGACGUAGCGUCGGCCGCCGCGGCCGGCGCCGCGUUAGUCGCGCGACUGUUGCAUCUCACUGCGGACGUGACACCAUAGCGCGCGACGUGCGCCGAGCGCGACUGUCUUGACUUACUAGAUGUUUCUACGAAACCUAGUGAUCUUAUUAGUGAUCGACGCGACUGUCGCGACUCUACCGUGCCUCAUUCUUGUGUGAAAUUCAGUGACCUUAUUACUACCCAACGCGACUGUCGCGAAAAGUUUCCUCUCACUUCUGAUAAUAGUUUUAGUGUGAACAGUGAUUGUAAAAUAAUAAAAGAUAUUAGAAUUAAUUUGAAAAGUAAUGAAGUUAAUUUAGAGAACCACUCCAAUUGGACCUCUGGGUGUAACGUAGAGGAAAGCUUAUCGUGUUUGAACACUGAGUGCUGCAACUUUAUAGAUACAAAAAUUAAAGAAUUUAGUGGCAAUGAAAAACCAAAUGAUAAUGAACUGAGUGAUCUUAAAUGUUGGUGCAACAAAGACGAUUGUCGCAUGUAUUUAGAAAAUAAUUAUUGUUCCGAUUAUUACACGCAAAAUUCUGAUGUUGCAUUCGAAAAUAUAAAAUUGAAGUGCAAAGAACAUUUACCGAUUUUGAAAAAUAAGUAUAUCCUAGAUGAUGUUAGCAAUGUGGUUGUAAAUAAUGAAUAUACGUUUGAUAAACCGCGUGAUGUGAAUGUAAAAAAUGAAUACAACACCAACAAGUGUAACGCCGGUAACUAUUAUUCGAACAACGCAGCCGAGUGCUCAGACACGGAUACCAGCACUACACUGGACACGUCGGACGAGUCCAUGACGUCACUGGAGUCGGGCAUCAAGACUGUAAUAUAUGAAUCUGCCAGCUGUAAAGAUGUUAGCUCUCUGCCGGAAGAUGAGGACGAAGCGAAUAAGAACGUCUGCACGAAACCACAUUCCAAGUCAGCAUGUGUACUUAGUUAAAAGUGUGCUACCAAUAAAUAGCAUGAGUACAUAAAUAACCUAGACCGUGUUAGUCGAACACUGGUAUGCAUUUUUCUUCCAAAUUCCAUGGUUUUUGUUGCACUUGCACCUCCGCAUCUUAAUGGAGCGAGAUUUUGUUAAAGAAUAAUCUGUAUCAUCAUCAUCAUCAUCACAUUACCGGCCCACUACAGGCCACUGGUCUCCUUUCAGAAUGAGAAGGGUUCAGGCCGUAGUC